AUCAUCAUACAGCGAAGUAAGAGGUUGCAAUGCUUUCUUGGAAUGGCUGAACUAAGGAGAUACAGACAAACCUUAGAACUUGACCGGAAUCGCCUUAUUGAUGCCUUUGAGGAUGUCGACGCUGACUAUCCCCAGGUAGCAGAGACGUUGGUCAUCAAACACUCAACAGCCAGAUCAGUUUUUGCUGUAUAUCUUAGAGAUGGUCGUCGUAAUAAGCUGCCAAAAGGAGGACCCCAAAACGAGAAGAUUGACGAAGGCACGAAAGAUGCCCUUCUGCGUUAUGUAGAUGAUAACCCCCUCCUAACUGUACGACAACUCAAUGAUCACCUGCGAACCAAUCUUCCCGAUAAGCCAGUUCGCGGCCACCAUGCAGUACCAUCGCCAGAACUCCAGAGGAAAUGGCACACUCAGCUUUCAAGGCGGGAAUGAAGCGCACACUGGGCCUACCUGAAUGGCACGACAGAUUUGGAGACGAAGCCGCCAGAGUCCAAACUGGUGUAAACUUGCAAGUAUGGAGAUCUCUCAUCCGUCUCAAGGAAGAGGCUGCACUCAACAUUGGAGAGGUGACACCUGGAAAGUGCACAGCGUGGUACAACCAGGCUCAGACGUAUCUCCCUCGAUGCCUUGCCAGACAGAUCAUUGAUGAAUGAAGAGGAUGAAAUGAGAGACGACUUCAUAAGAAAUAAAAAAGAACCCCAAAAGUCCCAAUCUCCCUUUGCAAGAACCACGACAAGUUACAUUUCCCUAACAUCCUCCAAAAAUCUCUUCAAUUUGAUUAGAUUUUUUGUAACAUUUCAUUUGU